CGCGCGCGCUUUUCAACCGCCAUGAGCCUGUGGGCGGACAAGUACCGGCCCGGCUCCCUCGGCCGGCUGGACUACCACCGCGAGCAGGCCGCGCAGCUCCGCAACCUGGUUCAGUGUGGUGACUUCCCUCAUCUGCUGGUGUAUGGACCAUCAGGAGCUGGAAAAAAGACCAGAAUAAUGUGUUUGCUAAGGGAAUUAUAUGGUGCAGGUGUGGAAAAACUGAGGAUUGAACAUCAGAGUAUAACGGCACCUUCUAAAAAGAAAAUUGAAAUUAGCACCAUUGCAAGUAACUAUCACCUUGAAGUAAACCCAAGUGACGCUGGAAACAAUGACCGUGUAGUAAUCCAGGAGCUUUUGAAGACAGUAGCACAAUCCCAACAGCUUGAGACAAGUACUCAAAGAGAUUUUAAAGUGGUACUGUUAACAGAGGUGGACAAACUCACUAAAGAUGCUCAGCACGCUUUGCGAAGAACAAUGGAAAAGUACAUGGCCACCUGCAGGUUGAUCCUGUGCUGCAAUUCCAUGUCAAAAAUUAUUGCACCUAUUCAAAGCAGAUGCCUGGCCAUCCGAGUGCCUGCUCCCAGCACAGAAGAUAUCUGUCAUGUGCUGUCCACUGUGUGUAAGAAGGAAGGCCUGACUCUCCCUCAGGAACUGGCUCAGAGGCUUGCAGAGAAGUCUGGCAGGAAUCUUCGGAAAGCAUUGCUUAUGUGCGAGUCCUGCAGAGUACAGCAGUAUCCUUUCACUCCUGAUCAAGAUAUUCCUGAGAUGGACUGGGAGGUAUAUUUGAGAGAAACUGCAAAUGCUAUUGUCAGUCAACAGACACCACAGAGGCUUUUAGAGGUUCGUGGACGGCUUUAUGAACUCCUAACACACUGCAUUCCUCCUGAGAUCAUUAUGAAGGGCCUUCUGUCAGAACUUCUACAUAACUGUGAUGGACAAUUGAAAGGAGAAGUUGCACAGAUGGCAGCCUUCUAUGAACACCGUCUGCAAUUGGGCAGCAAAGCCAUUUAUCAUUUAGAAGCAUUUGUCGCGAAAUUCAUGGCAAUUUACAAGAAGUUUAUGGAGGACGGGCUAGAAGACAUGAUGUUUUAACACUGAUGCCCAAAGUCGUAUAAGUAAGCUGUGUUAUGCUAAUGUCUUUGCUAAAAACAUGGCCCACAUGCAUCAGUCACACGCAAGUAGGCCUUGAAAGUCAAAUGUUUUAUCUUGCCAUUAGUAUAAAACACAGUGAACAGUGUUUUCUCAGCUUUAGAAACAAGAUGAAUUGUUUCUAAGUGCAGCAAAUUAAUCUUUAGAUCUGAGGAAAAUGUGUUAGCCUUUAUGUGCUAGCUUUUCAGAAGGACGAGAAGUUGCUUUGGAAGAUGUAUAAGAUCAUAGUCUGUUUGCAGGAUUUCUUAAUUGACGUUAAGAAACAACAUGUACACUGCGUGCUGGCCUUUUGAUUGCUUAAGCAUAAGGCUGCAAGCAAAAGAUGUAUUUUGAAUGUUGUGGUAAGUUCCAUUGUGAGCAUUUAUGUUCUGCCUGCUUGUUUAUGUAUCUCCUUGUUUGAAGUUUUUUUUUUUUUUUUACCUAGGUGUCUGAGUUUCUUUGCAACAAUGUAUGUUUUCAGAGUGCUGACACCAAAUCUUUUUGAGUCUUGUUUGCAAGAGGUUGCACUGAAAUUGUAGAUGAGUCAUACUUUUAUAUUACUUAUAAAUCAGUUUGACAUGAUAGAAUUUUUUUUUGCUUAGAAGAAAUAUACCCCUACAAAUCAAGGCAACUUCUCAGCUGACACUUCCAUGUUCAUCUCAAUAUACAUAGUGCUGUUUAUGUAAAGACUUUCUUACUGUGUCUUAAAACUUUUAAAAUCUCUUUUACACUUCAUUUUUAAGAGAUGAAGAGUACUUCUUAAGGGUAGCAGAAUAAAUUAUUAAGGAGUAGGAACAAAAACGAAGCACCAAGUGUUAACCUAAUCAAAGAUGUAGUGUAAACUAGGUAUGUGUAUUUGUUUACUUUGAUACAGACUGGCUUUCAGAAAGGUGGGAUGCACUUACCGCUGGUGUGAAUCUUCAAAGAGCCAUUGAAAUAAAGUACCUACAUCAAUUUAGGCUGCA